GGAAAAUAGAAUCGGAGUUUGGAAAAUAAACGCCACAACAAAAAAAAACUAUUCCAAAAAUAAUUUAAAAAUAUAUAGUUGAAUAAAAUUUCAAAAGAAAGUUAUAUAAAUAAAAAAAUAAAAUAAAUGGCUUUAUGCUGAAGAGUUGCUUCAUCUUCCUCAUCAUUCCAUCAACUUCAGACACACAGAUCUCUUCUCAAUCACAUUACUUCUGGUUCUCCCACCAUGAGGAAAGGGAGAGGCUCUUCCGCCGUUCCACCCGCCCUUCCCGGAUCUGUGAAGGAGCCGAGGUACAGAGGCGUUAGGAAGAGACCUUGGGGCCGUUUCGCCGCCGAGAUCCGUGACCCCUUGAAAAAAUCCCGAGUCUGGCUCGGCACGUUCGACUCCGCGGAGGAAGCCGCACGCGCCUACGACGCAGCCGCUCGUAACCUCCGCGGUCCAAAGGCCAAGACCAACUUCCAAAUCGACUGUUCUCCUUCCUCUCCUCUCCAACCACUCCAUCAUCGGAACCAGAUCGAUCCCUUUAUGGACCACCGGUUAUACGGCGGAGAGCAGGAGGUUGUUAUCAUCAGCCGGCCGGCGAGUAGCAGCAUGAGCAGCACCGUUAAGUCGUGCAGCGGAGUGAGACCAGCGUCUUCUUCCGUGGCGAAGGCGGCGACGAAGAGAUAUCCACGGACUCCGCCGGUGGCGCCGGAGGAUUGCCGCAGCGACUGCGAUUCGUCGUCGUCGGUGGUUGAAGACGGAGACGACAUAGCUUCGUCGUCUUCGCGGCGGAAACCGCCGUUUGAGUUUGAUCUUAAUUUUCCGCCGUUGGAUGGCGUUGACUUAUUCGUAGGCGCGGACGAUCUCCACUGCACCGAUCUGCGUCUUUGAUCUUUGAGCACAAUGACAACAAAGAUGAUGAAGAAGUGAUAGGGAGAGAGAGUUUGUGUUAAGAUCUGUUGUUGUAAGAACCAGAUCUGUGUUUCAUUCACUUGUCUGUUUCUUAUAAAGAUCAAACCUUUGUUACAUGUAACACUUAUAUAGCUGCUGAUGAUUCUUAAUUAUUCAAAAUCCAAAGUCUGUAGAAUUUAUACAGUAUCUAUCACUGAUGUGCUUAUGGAUGGUUUGGAGUAUGAGGCUACAUUUUCAUAAAUA